AUGCCUCUUCUGCAGGCAAUGGAACAGGCCUGCGGCGACAUUCAGGUGACAGCGAUCCAUGCAUGGUUUCGACAUGCAAGAGGAUAUUUCCCCGGUGCCCAGCGGGAGAAGACACUGCUUGCGAUGUCGAUGAGGUCCUGUGGCCAGACCCCAACAGACGGCGGGAUCCAUGAGCCCACAGAGGACCUGUGGGUGCGUGAGGGGAGGAUUUUAGACCCAGAGAAGCUGUUCUUCGAUGAGCAGGGAUACGCUGACAAACAUGUGGACUGUGAGGGCAGCAUCAUCGCGCCGGGCUUUAUAGACGUCCAGAUCAACGGGGGUUACGGCAUCGACUUCUCGCAGGCGUCUGAGGACGUCAGCGAUGGAGUUUCGUUUGUGGCCAAAAAGAUCCUCGAGCACGGCGUGACGUCCUUCUGCCCGACUCUGGUCACCUCCCCUCCCGAAGUUUACCACAAGGUUCUGCCUCAGGUCACAGUUCAUGAUGGAGGACCACAUGGAGCUGGAGUUCUCGGUUUUCACCUGGAGGGUCCGUUCAUCAGCGCCGAGAAGAAAGGAGCCCACCCGGAGAAAUACCUCCGCACCUUCAAGUCCGGAGGCCUCGAGCACCUGAUGGAGGUCUACGGCAGCCUGGACGACGUUGCCAUAGUGACGCUUGCUCCUGAGCUGCCCGGCAGCCAAUCGGUGGUGAGGGAGCUGAGCCAGAGGGGCAUCACUGUGUCUUUGGGUCACUCGGCGGCCGACCUGUCGCAGGCCGAGGAGGCGGUGCAGCAGGGCGCGUCCUUCAUCACUCACCUGUUCAACGCCAUGCUGCCUUUCCACCAUCGUGACCCGGGCAUAGUGGGUCUGCUGACCAGCGACAGGAUCCCCGCAGGCAGGGCGGUUUAUUACGGCAUGAUCGCUGAUGGCAUCCACACCAACCCUGCAGCCCUGCGCAUCGCUCACAGAGCUCACCCGUCAGGUCUGGUGCUGGUGACGGACGCCAUCACCGCGAUGGGUCUUCCUCCUGGCCGUCACACUCUUGGCCAGCAGGUCAUCGAGAUCCAGGGUCUCCACGCCUACGUGGCAGGCACCAAGACUUUGAGUGGCAGCAUUGCCACGAUGGACAUGUGUGUGCGCCACUUCAAGCAGGCCUCAGGCUGCAGUGUCCAGGAGGCUCUGGAAGCUGCCUCCCUGCAUCCGGCUCAGCUUCUGGGAAUCAGCCCCAAAAAGGGAAAGCUGGACUACGGCUCCGACGCAGACCUCGUUCUGCUCGAUGAGGGCCUCAACGUCAAAGCCACUUAUAUUUCUGGAGAGGAGGUUUGGAGAAAAGGACAGUAGGAGAUGAAGAAGCAAACUGGACCGCCUGUGCCUUUGUACAUGAUCGACAUGUUGGGGUUUUAAUGGACUGCCUGAGUGCACCAGGCACUGCCAGAAAACUGGACCAGAGUGAAAUAUUUCUGCAUUAUUAGUUUAUUAAAUGUCAGAUGAUGUGGAAAAUGUUUUCCUGCUUUUCCAACUACCAAAGAUUUCUGUUUAUUACCCUGAAAGUCAGCGUGCUCAUUGAUCGUGUGUUGCUGAAAGUCUGUUGUGUUAAAGCAGCUGUAUGACCUCUGCAGGGUCAGGGGUCACAGUGGAUGUCACUGCACA